AGUGGUCAGGUCCAUGAUGUUUGAGAGGUUGACCAUGCUGAAUAUCCAGAGCACCUCAAACUGGAGUGGAGCGAAUGACUGGUACCAUCAGCAGAACACAGGUCCCAGUCAGCACAGCACUGAUGGUUGCCUGCUGGAGACGGAUGGGAGGAUGGCAGAAGAAGGAGGGCAUGUGGAAAGAGAUGAGGGAGAACUGAGGCUGCAGCUGAAGAGGAAACUUCAGCGCAACAGAACCAGCUUCACAACAGAGCAGAUCGAGGCCUUGGAGAAGGAGUUUGAGAGAACACAUUAUCCAGAUGUUUUCGCACGGGAGCGACUCGCAAACAAAAUCGACCUUCCAGAGGCAAGGAUACAAGUGUGGUUUUCCAAUCGAAGAGCCAAAUGGAGACGCGAGGAGAAGCUUCGAAACCAGAGGCGGUCUGGAGGCGGGACUUCCUGUUCUCAAACACACGCUCCACUGAGCACAUCCUUUAACUCCGCUGUCUAUCAUCAUCCACAUGGCAACAGCGCAGCAUCCAUGCUCAGUCACGCAGCGAGUGACACAGCUCUCCCCGGUUACAACACUUUGUCAGUCUACUCUGGGCUUCAGUCGGCUCCUUCUCCAUCUGGCUCCUCAUACUCGUGCAUGCUGCCUCCAUCCCCAUCUGCCCCUCACUCGUUUGAGACGUCAUACUCAUCUCUCCAUCUACCACCUCCUCCUUCAGCUAACACCAGCACAGGUUUGAUUUCUCCAGGCGUUUCCGUACCUGUCCAGGUAUCAGGAAAUGAUCAAAAUAUGGGGCAGUAUUGGGCCAGACUGCAGUAAAGAGAAAAGGCAAGGAAGAAUUAGAAUACUAAAUGUGUAUGUUUACAAAAGGUCAAAUUGUUUUUUUUUUCAAAAUUCCUUAAUUUUACAUGCACAUUUAUUUUUGCCAUAUUUUUAGAUUCAAUGACAGCGUGCUGUGUCUGCUUCCAUUCAAUUUCAGACAAACAGGAAUGUAAAUGAUUUAUAUGAUCAAGCCUUGUGCAAUGACAUUCGUACAGUUUUUAUGCAAAUGUCUCUUCAGAAUCAUUGCCGUAAGUUCAUGGUGGCAACUUCGCACUAUGAUGUUUUAAUAACAUACCUGUGGUUUCAACUUCUUUAAGGACAAUUCCUCAUUUCUCCACUGUAAUUGUCCCUUUAAAGUCAUUUAUUUGUUGUGAUCAUUUUCAUAAUCAGAUGUGUGAUGUAUCACUUUUCAUUAAAUGUUUUGACCUUACCCUUUCACAAACCUAAGUAAGCUUGUGACAAUCAAGGCAAAUGCCAAGUUAAGUCAGAGCAGGGACUGAAAGCCAGUACUAUUUGCACUUAAUUAAUGACCAGUACACUUCUUUUUGUUUUAAAAAACAGAAAGCAGUGACAAUCACAUCAAUGAAUACUGCAUGCAAAAAUCUAUUUAUAUUGAACAGAGUGUCAAACAGUAUAUAUAUAUUACUGAGAAAAUCUUUGAAUAUCAGGAAACUAUUUCUGUGCUUAACCUACAGUUUAUGGAUUUUUUUAUGAAUUCAAAGACACUCUCUCUUUGUGUGUUUGUGAAGGAGAGAGAGAGAAAUAAGGAUUUACAAUGAGGUCUGAAAGCACUAGUGAAAUUGCUUCUUUUUCAUUCUUUUAAAAUUAACAACACACUUUGUUACUCAAAUAUGAUCAGCACAACAUGAAACGUUGACUUUUCAGAAUCUUGCUUUUUAUUUAAUGACAGCCACUCUUAAAGGAACAGUUCACCCAAAAAUGAAAAUCUAAAUAAAAAAUGUGAUCAUCCUCAGCUCAUCCAAAAUGUAGAGGAGUUUGUUUCUUCAUCAGAUUUGGAGAAAUGUAGCAUUGCAUCACUUGCUCACCAAUGGAUGCUCUGCAGUGAAUGGGUGCCGUCAGAAUGAGAGUCCAAACAGCUGAUAAAAACAUCACAGUAAUCCACACCACUCCAGUCCAUCAGUUAAUGAAUUGUGAACUGAAAAGCUGAAAGUGUUUUUGUGAGAAACAAAUCCAUCAUUAAUGUGUUUUGGCUUUAAACUGUUUGUCCUGGACAGAAUUUGAGUCCAUAAUUGAUUUACAUUAAUUGAUGAAUUGGAGUCGUGUAGAUUACCUGUGGAUUACUGUUAUGUUUUUUUAAUGCUAAAUUUCUCCAAAUCUGACUAUUCCUUCAAACUUUUAAAAUAUUUUAAUGUCAAUAUUUUGACCCUACUGUACUAUAUGUGGAUGUUGUUUUCACUGAAGAUAGUCAACCUACUUCAUGUCUGCAUUAAACCCUUUAAUAAAAUAUAUAUCUUGCAAUCAUGAA